AUGCUGCUGAGGGUACUGGUGUGUCUUUGUGCUCUCUGGAGCUUCAGCGUGGCCCAGCAACGACUAGACCUUUAUGAAGGAGAUAUUUGCAAGGAGACGCCAGGAGAGUUGUGGACUUGUAAGGCAAGGGAAAGAUUGUCCUACUGCUGGAGGUUUGAGCGAUGGCAAUACAGUUCAAGAGUGUAACAGCCAAGGCUCGGAGCCUAUAGUCUGCUGCGAACCUUCCCUGAAACAACAUACGGAUGUGGGAGCCAAGACGAGAUUAAGAGCGAGGAAAUGGUUGAAGAAAAAUUCAAUCCGAAUGUCUGCAUUGUGCAACAUCACUACAACAUUCUAUAUAGUGCUGCUCAUUAGUCCUCACCCACCAAGCCACAAAACACAACAGACCAGGGGGAUGCUGUUUAUUGGCAAGCAUGUUCCAGGCAUCAGUUAA